GCAGCAGGGUUCGCCGGCCUUACAGACGAGGAACGCAAGAUGUCUUCACAAGAAAAGUGCAACAACUUUAUGCGCCAGUUCCGAGAUGACGAGUCGAGAGAGCUGAAAAAACUCACCGCCAAUCAGUUUAUGGAAGUGUGGAGUCACUAUGAUGCCGAUGGUAACGGCUACAUUGAGGGCUCUGAACUUGACGGUUUCCUGAAGGAGUUUGUGUCAAGUGUCAACUCGAACGAUUCUGGACCUGAGGGGUCGCUUAUGAUGGGAGGAAUGUCUGUGUCCGAUUCCAUGCUUCAAGAACUGAAAGAAUGUUUUAUGGAAGCUUAUGAUGACAAUCAAGAUGGAAAGAUUGAGAUACGUGAGCUUGCCCAGUUGCUGCCCAUGGAAGAAAACUUCCUUUUGCUCUUUAGGUUCGACAACCCACUUGAGUCCUCCGUCGAAUUCAUGAAGAUCUGGAAACAUUAUGAUGCUGACCACAAUGGCUAUAUAGAUUCUGUAGAGUUAAAGAAUUUCCUUCGAGAUCUUCUCAAAGAAGCGAAGAAAGACCAAGAUGUCUCAGAAGAUAAGCUUAUCGAGUACACAGACACCAUGCUGCAAGUUUUUGACCAGAACAAAGACGGGAAACUCCAGCUCUCCGAAAUGGCAAAAUUGUUGCCAGUCAAAGAAAACUUCCUCUGCAGAUCUGUAUUUAAGGUAAGCCAGGGAGCAUCAAAACUGACAAAGGAAGAUAUUGAGAGGGUGUUCGCCUUGUACGACAGGGACAAUAAUGGAACAAUUGAGAACGAGGAAUUAAACGGAUUUCUGAAAGAUCUCUUGGAAUUGGUUAAAAAGGAUUACGACGCCCUCGACCUCCAGGAGUUCCAAGACGCCAUCAUGCGGGGUUGUGACUUCAACAAAGACGGGAAGAUCAACAAGAAGGAAUUAACGAUGAUUCUCUUGGCUCUGGCGAAGCAUGGCGGCGAGGACGAGCUACAGACGGCUGGAACCGGCGUGCAACCGAUCAUUCACCCGUUGAGCGAAAUUGCAUCAAUGGGCAUGAAAGCUCUCAAAUUGCAGAAAUUGCGGGUCCGCCAUUUUGUUUCCCGCACCCUUGGCAGCACUGGCGCCGCCCCCACUGGCAACACUGCAACCUCUAGUUAGUUGGUCUGGGACGAAAGAGAGAAUUGAAAGAAAAAAAAAAAAAACGAAAAUUAAAAAAAAAAAAAAAGUGGAUUUAAAUGAUUUAGGGGGAAUUUUUAAAAGUGUGAAAGAAGAUAAUUUGCCUGGAUAGAAAAAAAAAAAUAAAUGAUAAUUGUGUUUAUUUGUUUUAGGAGAGAGAGAAGGAGAUGUGGAAUAUAAAAAUAUAUUUCUGAUAUUUUCAAUUUUUCUUUUCUUUGGUUCAUUUUACCUUAUUUUCAUUUUUUAAUAGUUUUUAUAAUUAAUUUAUCAUUAUUAUCUACUUAUUGGUAUUAAGUUUAAGAGAAAAUAUAUUUUGAAAUAGAUUCUUUCUGAAAAUUAAAAUUGAAUCACCAUCUUAAAAAUUAAAGAAAUAAUUAUAUUGUUAUUCCCAAAUUAUUUAAAAAGUUGUUGAAUAUUUUGUUACAUUUUUAAAUAUUAUUGAAUUAUAUUUGUAUAUAUUUAUUAUUAUAUAGUAUAUUAAUCAUCUUAGAUUUAUUGAUAUUAAGCAUAUCCUUUUUAAUUAUUUUU